AAUUAAAUGUAACGGCUCUCCUGUCCUGUCCGCUUCUUUGUCCGUCUCUUGUCUAAAGCAGGGAAUUUGAAUUUCUACAUCUAGCCUUCCAUCUGCCUCUCAUCUCACCUGAAACUGUUCGAGCUCUCUCAUCUCUCUCCAAUGGGGACUUGCUUGAGCAAGAAGGACUCUUCCUCCUCUUCUUCUGCCUCUCCUCCACCAGCAGCAGCUGCGGGACAAGCUCCAGCCAGCACGAAACACAGCUCUGCCCGAACUCCCGGCUCCCCGGCCCCAAAGAAAGUUCCCAUUCCGCAGUCGAAGCAAGAAGCUGCGGGACCGGAAGAGGAGAGCUUCGUGAAGAAGGAAGUUUUCGUAAUCAAGCACCGGAAGAGCCACGAUAGGGAUACUGGCGGACGUGUCGUGGCAGCCCCACCUUCUGAUCCGGUGGAAAAUUUGGCGGACGGAUCUUCCAGAGAUGCAUCUGAAGCUACCGGUAAUAACGUAGGGGCUGCUGCUACUUUGGCUGUGGGUGCAGGUAUAAGGACAUCGAGCUGCACGAAGGAGGAGGUGGAAUCGAUCCUGAUACAGUGCGGGCGGCUCAGCCACAGUGGGUCCUCCUCUGGGAAGCCCACGGCUGCCUCGAGCUGUCCCGCAUCGGGCGGCAGAUCGAGGAGAUAUUCCGGGUCCAAGAGGAGUUACGACUUUGACCAUUCAAGUGAAAAUGACGGACGAGGCCCGGUGGGUGAUGCACGGGUGUGCGAUGAGGAUGAGGUGGCUGGAGAGAGGCAGCGGCACCGCCAGCUGUCGAGGCCUUCGUCCGGAUCCCAAGGGAGCCGGAGGCGUACCCCGAGCAGGGAAAGGGACCAGCAGCGGUCUCGAAGCACGGAGAGACGCAGGGUGAGUCGAUCCCCUGGCAGACGUUCGGAGAUCACUUCAGCACCGGCUGCUUCAGCUGCUGGAGUGAGUGACAAGCCGGGGAAGUUAGUCUCGGUGCCUGCUUCGGUCCCAUCAUCGGCAGAACCACCAGUUCAGCAAACAUCAUCUGUUAGAAGGAUAUCUGUCAAGAGGAACGUUGGUGAAGGAGGGAGGAGCGCUGCAUCUCCCCGUUCUCAGUCUCCGGCCAGGGCAAAGGAAGGGCCACAGCAGGCUCCAUUGUCGCUCAGCCGGAACUCCUCCCGUAAAGCUGAGCACUCACCAUACAGGAGAAAUCUCUCGAGUGACCCUGACCACUCAAGGAAACCCGAUCAGUCCCCAUACCGUAGGAACCCAGCCAAUGACAUCGACCCUUCACGGAAAACUGAGCAGUCCCCCCACCGGAGAAACACUUUGAGUGAAAUCGAUAACUACUCUUCCUCAGCGCCUGCUCCUCCCUCCAACAAGGUCGGUCCACACGUCAGCAGCAGAGUCCUAAGCCGAAACAACAAAGAAAACGAGGGAUUGGAAAAUAUCAAUAUAACUCAGGUAUCGGUGCUGAAGCCGAACGUUGAUCUGAACAGCAGAAAAGCAUUCCAAGGGACUUUCAGUAAGGCGAGCUACUCCAAGGAAACAGAGAAGCUCGAUAGUGGAAUCGGGUCACAGGAGCAGCAACUGCAGGCUGCAGCUGGGGAGGCAGAGAAUCAGAAACCACAGAAGCUGACAAAAAGCCGGUCCGCAAGGCGAUCCUCAGGCCAUAUCGAAUUCAACCCAGAGAUUCCAUCGAACCACAGCUCCUAUACAAAUCUACUUCUCGAAGACAUACAGAACUUCCAUCAAACUAAUCCGGGUUCUAUCUCGCUCCCUGAUUGCGUUAACAAGGCCCACUCCAUUUUUCAGGCAGUCGCUGAUCUCAACUCCAACACAGCCGCCAACAUCUCCAGCGUGCUGUCUGAGGACAAGAGAGCUCAGCCUCAGCCUUCAUAUCAGUUAAGUACCAACUGCUUCAAAGAUCCAUUUGUGGAGUCCGAGGUAGGCAUUGGUGAUGAUCUGAUGGAACCGAGCAUGCACAAAUAUGUAACUGUGAAGAGGGGAAGUAGUAGUACUACCCCAGGAGGGGGAGACAGGGAGGAACUGGAAUCCUCAGGAAGCAACAGCUUCGUAGGCGGCAUUGGAACCAUGCACAAUCAGUGGGAACCAGGGUCUGCUGAUUCGUCUGAUUGUUGGACUUCAAGUUCCACUUCUCGAACCGGGCUCCCAAGCAAUUAUUUGCCUGAAGAUGAUGCAAGGAGGAAGAUGAGCGGAAAAAUGAGGGAUGGUGUUCACGAACAGAAUGGCAUUGGGCGUGGCAGGGUUCGCUGUCGGUGAAACAGCAGAGAUGUUUGCUCAGUAAAAUUGUGGCAUAGUUGUCCCAGUUGCACCAGCUACUGGAUGUAGGAUUCUUGAAGUUGCAAUCUCGCAACGAUGUUGUUCCUUUCUUUGUUGGAAUCAAUUAAUUGUACUUUGUUGAUUCCAGUGGGGCCUGCAUUCUAAAGUUGAUCUUUGUUCCUUUCUGCCGAACAUUUAUGUGAACUGAGGUGAAUGGAAA